AGCAUUGAGGGCUGGAUCAUCAUAGUCACCAACGUCCACGAGGAGGCUUCUGAGGAGGACCUGCAAGAUCUGUUUGCCGACUACGGAGAGAUCAAGAACGUCCACGUCAACUUGGAUCGCAGGACGGGAUACGUCAAGGGAUACGCUCUGAUCGAGUUCGCGACCAUGUCCGAAGCAAAGGCUGCGAUUGAGGGUGCCAAUGGAGAGCAGCUUCUCGAACAGACCCUCAGCGUCGACUUCGCCUUUGUGCGUCCACCACCAAGCAAGUCCGCCACCGGCUCCAAGGGAGCGAGCAAGAAG